CAUAUCUAGCACCAUAGUAUUUAGACGCGUGUUUUUAGGUUAGAAGUGAGUUUUGAGUUUGAAGUUUUAAUUAUACAAGUAUGGCAACAUUGGAGGCUUGGUAUAUGGAUGAUUCCCCCGAAGAUCAGAGAUUGCCUCAUAAACUCAACCCAAAUCAGCCUGUGUCUUUGGAGGACUUGCAAAAAAUCGGUGUUUUUUACUGGAAGUUAAAUGCAGACAUUUAUGAGAAUGAUCCGGAGUUGCAGAAGAUUCGCGAUGAGAUGGGCUAUUCUUACAUGGACAUAAUCACAAUUCGAAAGGAUAAACUUCCAAAUUAUGAAGAAAAGCUAAAAAUGUUCUUCGAGGAACACCUACACUUGGAUGAUGAGGUGCGCUACAUUUUAGAGGGCACAGCGUAUUUUGAUGUGAGGGACAAAGAUGACCGCUGGAUCAGAAUCGCCAUGACUAAGGGAGACCUGAUCACCCUGCCAGCUGGGAUUUACCACAGAUUCACCCUGGAUGAGAAUAACUACACUAAAGCCAUGCGUCUGUUUGUGGGAGAGCCUGUCUGGAAGGCCUAUAACCGCCCAGCUGAUGACUUUGAGAUCCGUCAGAAUUAUCUCCACUCUCUCAGGAGUGCACAAGCAUAAACAUUAAACCUGAGAACCAGCUACUAUAGGUGUCAUAACUGUUGGCACACCAAGAUUAGUCCUCAUCUUUCCAGGAAUGAUUCUGAACUAGUGCCCAAUUAAAUCCUAGAUC